AUGAGUCCUCCGCAACAAAAUGCGCGCAAUCAGACGUCCACCACUCGUCGAGCUGCAACUACACACACCCGCACGCUAAGACCUCCUCCCCCACCGGGUCCCCGAAAGAAUAGCCACUCGGGUCAUUCCAAANAGAGUCUUGCCUGCACAAAGAACCUUGUUACCUCUAGCAAGAACCACAACAAGAACGAAACAGCUAUCGCGGCCGAGGACGAGGAUAUGGCCGGCCUUCCGCAGUUCUGUGCUACUUGCGAGAAGCAAAUCCUCACACCUGCUUGCAACUCGAUCUUGUAUUGCUCAGAGAGCUGUCGCCGAAAGGACCACAACAAGCCUCUCAGUCAUUCCAUCUUGCCAUCGGAACCUUCGCCGCAGCCAACCACCCCUCGCAGCUCGUACUUCUUCGAUGACCAUCAGCCCGAGAUCCUUCCUAUGCGAUCACCAACUGUUGUUCGCCCUCCAUCCUUGGCCUUCUCGGAUGAUAGUUUCGACCUGUCUACCAGCGAGGAGCAACCCAAAUAUCGUCGCAGUGAGAGUGAUGGUUCCCGCUGGCUCUCGCAAUUUCAUCAUAACUCUGGCGACCACAGCCCUCGUCGUGCGAGCUAUGAUCCGUAUACGCCGUCACUGUCGCAUACUCCAACCUCGCUUCUGAGUACUGUCGGAUCGUAUCUGUCUACUCGUCCACUUCCAGGCCGCAAGAAUCCCUACAGUGCAUCUUUCAGUUCUCUCUCGGUUGAUCUCGUGACGCCGGUCGUCAAUGCCGAGUCACUGACCGCAACAACCGAUCUCAGUCACCAGAGCGCGUCUCUACGCAGUAGUGCAAGCACCAGCACGGCGUUCCGUGUCGUUGAGGGAGAGAUGACUUAUGGCAAUAAGGAUUACGACACUUCGCCUAGCAAGGGCAGCCUUCGACAACUUUUCUUCCACGAGGCUAUGCAGGCUCCUCCUAAAAACGAGUAG